UCAUCCCAAGGGAUGGGCUCUAUGGCUUCCCUGGGCCGAAUAUUGGUUUAAUACAACUUAUCAUGUGUCUACGGGAAUAACUCCAUUUGAAGUUGUGUAUGGUCGUACUCCUCCAAUGUUAGUGCGAGGGACUCAAGGUGAAAUCAAAGUGGAAUCUGUGCAGAGGGAAAUCAAUGAACGUGAUGAGGCUCUUAGAUAGUUAAAAAAGCACUUGAUCAGGGCCCAAGAUCGAAUGAAGACACAGGCCGAUAAGCAUAGACAAGAUAGGAGUUUUGAGGAAGGUGACAUGGUGUUUUUGAAGCUCAAACAGCAUAGACAACAUUCACUAGCAGCCCGAAAAAGUCCCAAGCUUAGUGCUCGUUAUUAUGGACCUUUUGAGGUAUUGGAGAGGAUUGGGGCAGUAGCUUAUCGUUUAAAAUUACCUCCGGAGUCAAGGAUUCACCCUGUGUUUCAUGUGUCACUAUUAAAAAAGGCAAUUGGAGAUUACAAGGCAGAAACCACUAUUCCUUCUGGUCUGGAAGAUGAGAGAGCUGAAUUAUUGGAGCCUGAAACAGUAUUGGCUUCACGUAGCUUGUUGAAAGGGAGAGAACGAACUAACCAAUGGCUGGUGAAGUGGAGGGGAAAGGCAGUAGAGGAGGCGUCAUGGGAAGAUGAAUUGACCUUGAGGAGUCAGUUUCUUGAGCUCAAUCUUGAGGACAAGACUAAUUUUAUAGGAGGGAGUAAUGAUAAGGCCCAAGAUCAUCAUGGCUCACUAGAACCACUGGCCCAUGAAGAAAAAAGGGGCCCAAAACCAUGGAUUGUGUAUGAGCGGAGGAAGAAGAAGAAUAACAUUAUAUCCUACUGUUAUUAA